GGCCGUCGCAAUCCACUAGCACCGGCAGUCUAUAUAUGUAAAAAGGAGUGGAUUUGGGUUAGGUCUGAUGUGGUCGUGGUGGGUCUGGCAGUUUUUUUUUUUCUAAAAUUAGGACCACAUUUUCUCUUUUUUUUUGUGGUCUAGAGAGGGCUUAUGGUGAAAAAAAAAAUACUUUGAUCACUAUAGAAACGUCCUAGUUUCUGUCUUUGUCAAAAGGCAUAAGAUUGAACAGCCAUCGAAUUUUAUAUGUUUUAUCUUAUGGAAAACGUGUAUUAUGCUUUUGACCUUUUUAACACUAUGUUUUGAAUCUGAAGUUUUUUCAUCUGGAUAGAUUACUUCCAUCUAGUUCAUCUCUGAGUACUACUUAUUUGUUGAAACAAUGAAUCGGUGUAAUUUUGUUACCGGAAGUUGCCUAUUUGUGUUGGCUUUGGGUUUAGUUUUAAAUGGUGUACCACCCCUUGCACCUCCAAGUAAAGAAUGUCGAAUUCCUGCAAUUUACAACUUUGGUGACUCGAAUUCUGAUACCGGUUCCAACUCUGCUGCAUUUGGUCGCGAAUCUUGCCCAAACGGAAUUACUUUCUUUGGCAGACCUGCUGGAAGAGUCUGUGAUGGGCGCUUAAUCAUUGAUUUUAUUGCUGAGAAGUCGAAAAUACCUCAUUUGAGUGCAUAUCUGGAUGCAAUUGAGGCCAAUUUUGAGCACGGGGCUAAUUUUGCUGCGUAUGGGGCUACAAUUCAGCCAGCUGACAGCAAACUCUACGGAAGUGGUGCUAACCCUAUUGCCCUUAACAUACAGCUUUUGCAAUAUCAUCAGUUAAAGGAACGUUCUCACGAGCUAUAUCAGCAAGCUAAAACCUCCAAUGCUAAAUCGCGGUUGCCAAGGCCUGAUGACUUCUCAAAGGCCAUUUAUAUGAUUGAUAUUGGUCAAAAUGACAUUGAUUUUCUGUUUAAAUUAACAUCAGAGGAUCAAGUACAAGAAUCUCUUCCUUUUAUAAUCAAUCACUUUGCUUCCGCGAUAGAGAAUCUACACCAAGGAGGAGCUAGAAAAUUUUGGAUACACAAUACAGGACCGUUUGGUUGCUUACCGGAUAGUGUGGAGACUCUGAAGAGAUAUCUUCCCAAUACUCAAUUUACUGAUGAAAUAGGUUGUGUGAAGUCUUAUAACGAGUUAGCUCAAGAGUUCAACCGUCUGCUCAAGGAGAAAGUGUCUGAAUUACGCGCUACUUUUCAUGACUCACUUCUUGUAAUUGUAGACAUAUACUCUGCCAAGUACACUCUUAUAAGGGAUGAGAGUCAAAAUGGUUUUGUUGAUCCUUUCAGUUACUGCUGCGAAAAUUGUGCAGAAUAUCAUGUACCUUACUGGGAAAUGAAAAUUGUUAACGACACCACUGCAAUUCAUCCAACUUCUUGUAAUAGUCCUUCUGAAUACAUUAGUUGGGAUGGUGUGCAUUACACUGAGGCUGCAAACCGUUGGGUUGCUGAAAGGAUUUUGGAUGGAUCGUUUUCAGAUCCACCGCUAUCCUUAGCUAAAUUAUGUGUUUAAAUGCUGAUAAUCUGAUCUCCAAACUUCUUGCUUUGUGUUUCCUACUCAUGUAACUUUAAACCAUACACAUUAACGUAUAUUGUAAAUUUGUAAUGUGCUUCGGAUAAAUGUUACUCCGUAUCAAUUUCUGGCUCUUUGAAUUUGUAACAGGAUAGUUGUGAUAUAUGGUUUGGUUACUUGAACCUUAAGCGUUAUUUAUAAGUACUAUAAGUACUUGGUUUCAGUAUUAUCAAUCAUAAA